UGGCAGUCUCACGGUCAUAUGAUGAGUCACUUACAAAUAUCAUCUCGUUGAAGAUUUUGCUGUGUUCUACAACAUGAAGACUUGACGGAUCAUACAGUGUGUUACAUUAUCUCCUGAAAGGUUCUGUCGUAGUUCGCUGUCUUGAGAAAAAAAAGUAAAUAAAUAAAUACGUUACGGGCAGAGUGAAGGAGCGAUGUCCACCAAGUUAGAACAGUAUCGGGUACGGAUACGUACUGAGUUGGACAGAGUGGUGGACUUCUGGUUGAAAUAUUCUCAUGACACACAAUAUGGUGGAUUUUUCACAUGUCUAGGGAAAGAGGGAAAGAUCUAUGACGAACUGAAGUAUGUUUGGUUGCAGGGGAGACAAGUGUGGAUGUAUUGUCGCCUGUACCGGACCAUGGAACGAUUUCGCAAGCCUGAGAUCCUAGAGGCUGCCAAAUCUGGAGGGAUGUUUUUGCAGCGCUUCGCUCGAGUUCCCAGUAGCAGCAACCCCUGGAAGUGUGCCUUCUGCCUGACUAGGGAUGGCAAGCCAGUGAAGGUACAGCGGACCAUCUUCAGUGAGUGUUUCUACAUCAUGGCCAUGGACGAGCUUAGCAGGGUCACUGAGGAUAAAGACAUGCAGGCAGAGGCUGAGCAGAUGAUGAGCCAGCUGAUUCAUUGGGUACGGGUAGAUUCAUCAGGCCUGGGGAGGCCUCAGUUGCCUGGAGACACACCUGUCAACAGCAUGGCUGUUCCCAUGAUGCUGCUGUGCCUGGUGCAACAGCUCACAGAGGAGCGGGGACAGGAAGUGGCAGAAAAGUACAGGGAGGUUGGCGAUUGGUGCGUGAAGCAGAUACUGCAGCAUGUCCAGAGAGGUGGCACAGCCAUUUUGGAAAGCGUCACCACGGAAGGAAAAGAACUUCCAGGUUGCCAGGGCCGACUGCAGAACCCAGGCCAUGCCCUGGAAGCAGGCUGGUUCCUGUUUCAAUAUGGAGGGCUUCAUGGGGACCAGGCCCUACAACAGACAGCUGUGGACAAGUUCAUGGAGGUUCCUUUUCUGUCCGGCUGGGAUAAGGAGCACGGGGGGCUUCUCUACUUCCUGGAUGUGGAUGAUUAUUGUCCCACACAGCUGGAGUGGAGUAUGAAACUGUGGUGGCCACACUGUGAGGCACUCAUUGCAUAUUUGAUGGCCUACAGCCAAACCAAAGACUCUGCCUUGUUGGAGCGAUUCUCUGCGGUUUACAACUACACCUUCAGCCAUUUUUCGGAUCCUGAGAAUGGAGAGUGGUUUGGUUAUUUGACACAAGAAGGAAAAGUUGCACUGGAUUUUAAAGGAGGCCCUUUCAAAGGCUUCUUCCAUGUUCCGCGAUGCCUGUAUAUGUGUGAGCAAAUCCUGGACCGGCUUCUUGAUGAACAGAUUUGAGGUCAACAACUGCUGUGAAUACUGGAACUGUAUUUUAUGUCCUAUCCAGUCAAUAUACCAAAUCUGUUGAAUCAUGUUAAGUGAUACUUAUUCAUAAAGGACUAAAAAACGUUUUGUGAUUUAAAAAUAUAUUUGCACCUAUACUCUAGAGUCUUAAAGGAAAGAUUACCACCAUUUUAAUUACAUAAUGCUUGAAAGAUUUAAAGGUUAAUAAUACAUACAAAUCUGUGACAAUAAUUCAUUUAUGGGAACUUUUAUGCAGUGUGUUUGGACCAAAUGUACUUGUUCUUUUUACUAAAUAAACUCUUUCCAUACGUA